UUGACGUUCCGCGAGUUGUAGUUUUUUGUUUUACUCUUGCACCAUCCGCCAGGAGUGGAUCUCCAGACAGGACAACGAUGACAAUGAUUCCGAUCGCCCCUAUACAGUUACGAGUGUUCGAUAAGCCAGGGAUGACCGAUUCCAAGUACUUCACCACCACCAAGAAGGGUGAAAUUUUCGAGCUCAAGUCCGAGCUCAACAAUGACAAGAAGGAGAAGAAAAAGGAAGCGGUCAAGAAGGUCAUUGCCAGCAUGACGGUUGGCAAGGACGUUUCCGCACUCUUUCCGGACGUCGUCAACUGCAUGCAGACGGACAACCUGGAGCUGAAGAAGCUGGUCUAUCUCUAUCUGAUGAACUACGCCAAAUCGCAGCCCGAUAUGGCCAUCAUGGCCGUCAACACGUUCGUUAAGGACUGUGAGGACACGAACCCGUUGAUUCGUGCGCUGGCCGUUCGUACGAUGGGCUGCAUCCGCGUGGACAAGAUCACCGAAUACCUGUGCGAACCGCUGCGUAAGUGUCUCAAGGAUGAGGAUCCGUACGUCCGGAAGACAGCUGCCGUCUGCGUGGCUAAAUUGUACGACAUCUCCAGUUCGAUGCCGUCUACUGUCAACCAGGUGGAGGAUCAAGGGUUCCUGGAUCAGCUGAAGGAUCUCCUGUCAGAUUCCAAUCCCAUGGUCGUCGCGAAUGCCGUUGCUGCUUUGAGUGAAAUCAACGAAGCAUCCUCCAGCGGCCAACCGCUGGUCGAAAUGAACUCGGCCACCAUCAAUAAGCUGCUGACGGCGUUGAACGAAUGCACCGAGUGGGGACAGGUGUUCAUUCUGGAUUCGUUGGCCAACUACACGCCCAAGGAUGAACGUGAGGCUCAAUCCAUUUGCGAACGUAUCACUCCACGAUUAGCCCACGCCAAUGCCGCCGUGGUGCUGAGUGCCAUCAAGGUGCUGAUGAAGUUGCUGGAAAUUUUGGCCAACGAUAGCGAUUUCUGUGCAAUGUUGACCAAGAAACUAGCUCCGCCUUUGGUGACGCUGCUCAGUUCCGAACCGGAGGUGCAAUACGUUGCCCUGAGAAACAUCAAUUUGAUUGUACAAAAGCGUCCGGAUAUUCUGAAGCAUGAAAUGAAGGUGUUCUUCGUGAAAUAUAACGAUCCAAUCUACGUGAAGCUGGAGAAGUUGGACAUUAUGAUUCGCUUGGCCAACCAGAGUAACAUUGCACAGGUUCUGAGCGAACUGAAGGAGUACGCUACGGAGGUUGAUGUGGACUUUGUACGAAAGGCAGUCCGAGCCAUCGGACGUUGCGCCAUCAAGGUGGAACCAUCGGCGGAACGCUGCGUUUCGACCCUGUUGGAUUUGAUUCAGACCAAGGUGAACUACGUCGUUCAGGAGGCUAUCGUCGUGAUCAAGGACAUCUUCCGUAAGUACCCUAACAAGUAUGAAAGUAUCAUUAGUACUCUGUGCGAGAAUUUGGAUACCUUGGACGAACCGGAAGCGAGAGCUUCAAUGGUUUGGAUCAUUGGUGAGUACGCCGAACGUAUUGACAAUGCCGACGAACUGCUGGACAGCUUUUUGGAAGGAUUCCAAGACGAAAAUGCCCAAGUCCAGCUGCAGUUGCUCACUGCCGUGGUGAAACUGUUCCUGAAACGUCCAGCCGACACUCAGGAACUCGUUCAGCAUGUCCUCUCGUUGGCCACUCAAGAUUCCGACAAUCCGGAUCUUCGUGAUCGUGGUUUCAUCUACUGGCGUUUGCUGUCCACCGAUCCCGCAGCGGCCAAAGAAGUCGUUCUCGCCGAUAAGCCGCUGAUUUCCGAGGAAACCGACCUGCUCGAACCAACCCUGCUGGAUGAGCUCAUCUGUCACAUCAGCUCUCUGGCCAGUGUUUACCACAAACCGCCAACGGCAUUCGUGGAAGGUCGCGGAGCCGGUGUCCGUAAGAGUCUACCGCACCGUUCAGCGUCGGCCGCCGGAGAAGAAGCUGCACAGGAGGCAACUGUUAUUCCGAACCAAGAAUCUUUGAUCGGUGACCUUCUCUCGAUGGACAUUGGAGCUCCAGCAGCACCUGCUGCGCCAGCCGCAAACACAAGCAAUGUAGAUCUGCUGGGAGGUGGUCUCGAUAUCCUCCUAGGACCGAACCCGACCGGUGAGGUCACCAACAACACUGCUGCCCCUGCUGCUUCCGCUGCCGCUGCUGGUGGUGUUGGAGCCGGCGGUCUUUUGGGUGACAUUUUCGGAAUAGGUCCUCCCGUUGCCACCAACAUGAUUCAAAUCCCAAAGAUCACCUGGCUCCCGGCCGACAAGGGCAAGGGUCUUGAAGUCCAGGGAACAUUCUCUCGCCGCAACGGUCAAGUGUACAUGGACAUGACCUUCACCAACAAAGCCAUGCAAGCAAUGACUGGAUUCGCCAUUCAGCUGAACAAAAACAGCUUCGGUUUGGUACCUGGUGCACCUCUCCAGGUGGCACCCCUUCAACCAUCCCAAUCCACAGAAGCAUCCCUUGCUUUGGGUACCACCGGUCCAGUUCAACGAAUGGAAGCUCUCAACAAUCUCCAGGUUGCCAUCAAGAACAACGUGGAUAUCUUCUACUUUGCCUGCCUGGUGCACGGCAAUGUCCUGUUCGUUGAGGAUGGACAGCUAGACAAACGAGUUUUCCUAACCACCUGGAAGGAGAUCCCCGCCGCCAACGAGAUUCAAUUCAACCUGCACGGAAUCGUUGGUACGGCCGAUACCGUCGCUGCAAAAAUGACCGCCAAUAACAUAUUUACCAUUGCUAAGCGGAACGUCGAGGGACAGGACAUGCUCUAUCAGUCGCUCAAACUGACCAACAACAUUUGGGUCCUGUUGGAGCUGAAGUUGUCCCCGGGAAGCCCGGAUGCGACGCUCAGUUUGAAGACUCGAUCGGUCGAAGUGGGACAGAUGAUAUUCGCUGCCUACGAGCAGAUCAUUCGGUCUCCUUAAACUGUUGAUUCGUUCGUAACAACAAGAUGAAAAAAUUAUUUAAUGCUAAUAGAAUUAUACAUAAUUCCCAACUGUACUAAUAGUGAAUACAAAGAUUCCAGGGGACACGCGUUUAUCUGAAUAUAUUUAGCAGAAAUGUUAUCCGUUACGACGGCACAGAAUUGUGAAAAAAAAACUCUCAUCCUUUAGACGAUAGCAGGUGCGGUGACACGCAGUUAAUGAAGGUAAAUAAUAUUCGCAUAUAGUGACUGCGCCAUUGUUUUUAGUUUGACAAUUAUGAGCUACACAUUAUAGGAUCCCCUUACACUAUUAACUGCAUUAUUAUACAAAAGUGAAUAUAUGAACAUUCGUAAAUGUAA